AUGCCUGCCUAUAGCCAUGCGAGUGAAACUAGUGAACGCUCUGAGACUGAUAACUCUAGUGAUCUUUCUUCUCGGGAUGUCAGUCCUAUUGAUGAUGCUCAAGGCAGCGAACCUGGCUCGCAGAGUGAUAGAGAGGAAGCCGAUUCAGAAUCAGAAAAUAUCUUCUGGCGAGGGCUUGUCGACUUGAACGAGCUUCAAGCUGAGACUCAGAGACUUUAUCCUGGUGUAUUUUCUAAUGGAACGAUUCUGGGUUGGCGAGGGAACGGAUUCGGCUACUCUGUGAUUGUUGGAUAUGAAACUGGGGGGAAAACGAUAGCUCGUGUUGAACCGUUACGAAGACGUCCGUUACCAAGCGAUGAUCUCCACAUAUCUUCCACUUGCCGUGGUAAGAGGCGAAUGGACAACAGUGAUGAAUACUGGUCAGUAGCCCAGGUUGCCUCUGUUGGUCUUAUUGCAUGGCGAGUAGAUGCUAAAUAUAACGACAAUCCCACUGCGAUUCUUCGCCCUAUGCUCAAGGCCUGGUAUCCGGAGACUUAUAUUCAAGUCUUCUGGCAGGACGGUGGAAAUUCAUGGGAGAGUCGUGGUAACUUUCGUCACAUUUAUUGUAUGACUGACCUACAAGCCGACAUCCUGAUCUAUCGAAUGGCAAUACACCAACAAAGUGAAUACGAAUUUGCCCUAACUGGCCAAUACCCAACAUUGCCUGAUGGUGGGAAUAUGCAAAAUCUACAUUGGAGGAACACAAAUGCCGAUGGGAAGGCACAUUGGCUGACGCCUCGAGCAAGGAGUGAAACAGCAGACAACUCUUUUAAUGAAGAGCGAUCAAAUAGAUAUUCUGGCCGUGCUCAUUCGAGGCACAGAGGCCAUACUGAGGCUGAUGUUGGGGAACAAGGUACUGAGCAAAGUUCUGCUGAAUCUGAUGAGGGGUUUCAUGAAGAAUCGCAAUAUAAUAAUCAUGAUCAUGAAAUUGGACAUCCCAUAGACUCCAGCCAUAGUGAAAGUGGUAGCGAUAGCGAUGAUGAUGAUGAUGAUGAUGAUACUCAUCAAACACCUAGGCAUCAUUCAAGAAGUUCUGGCUCACGAUCACGCUCACGCUCACACUCACAAAGUUAUCAGGCAGGCUUGAUGCAGGACACUCCGACACCGUUAUUUACACCAGCAAAUCGACCUAGAGAUAGAAGGCAUCUAUCGCCGAUAGACGAAGAUUUUAUCACCCCACAAUCUCGUCCACAACCACCAAGACAUCAAACCCCUACCUCAAGCCGGAGCCAUACCCCAAAAUCCAUAUUUAGUCAAUCGAGGAACGGCGAAUCAACAGGAACAUCAGUUGAACCUGAUCGUGGAAGCAGCCAGCGAAGUAGCCGAGAGUCCAGCCAGGCAACAGCUAGACUAAACACCCAUUCACGGAGACAGGAAAAGGGAUCAAGGUCUUUACAAAGUAAGAAAUCAAUAAGGAGUGAAGGACCGACACCAAGGCCACACACAGAACCAAGACCCCGCAAAAAUCAGCAGCAAAACGGGUUGAACUCCGAGCCUUCCUGGUCAUUAAAACCAACAAAGCCUACUUUAAAUAUCGAUAAACUAUCAGAUAGUACACCAGGCCCUUCGAGAUCAGGCAGCACUCCUAGCUCCUCGGGGUCUAAAAACAAAGAUAAAGACAAUUCUAGAUCAGGCAGCAGUUUUAGCUCUUCGGGAUCCAAGGGCAGAGAAAAAGACAAUUCCCAGGAACAUUCCACAUCUAAGGGUACCCCAGGCUUUUUCAAAGGGAAAGAGGUUACAAAAGAUACUUCUUCAAUUUCACAGCGUCAAGGACAAGAAGAUUCAAGAUCAGAUGGCACACCAGGCUCCUCCAGAUCAAAGGGCAAAGAACGGGAAGAUGGUAAGCGGCGAGAGGAUUUUGUAUCAGAUGGCACACCAGGCUCCUCCAGAUCAAAGGGCAAAGAACGGGGAGAUGGUAAGCGGCGAGAGGAUUUUGUAUCAGAUGGCACACCAGGCUCCUCCAAAUCAAAGGGGAAGCAACCAGAAUCGGGCUCUAAGCCAAAGAAAAGAACUGGUAAAGGCAAGAAAUAUGUAGGCGCAUAUCGUCGACCAAAUACUCGGUCUAAAGUAGAAUUUGAUGUAUGA